CUUGCCAUUAUUGGGCAAUUGUUACUUGAUAUUCCCGUGGCGUUCCCUUCGUACCUAUUGGCUAUUCUUCAUAAUAUCAUCCUGUUCGAUCAUUAUCGAUCGUCAUUUGACUGUCGAAAACGCACAAUAAUUCCUCAGUGGAACGCAUCGUUUUACCGCGUUGCUCUACGACGGCAACCAACAACCACAUACGUCUACCUCGUGCACGAUGUGUUAAAUGCCGUAUUGUUUUUCUCAAUACCAAUACUGUAAACCGACCAACCUACACUUAUAGCCGCCACCGGCCGCCGCAUACUCACCCCGGACGCCGCUCAUAUCACACACAUUCACGCACCGCACUCGAACGCUGCCUACUCGUCCAUCGACAUCAAACCGUGUAACGGUCUGCCGAAGAAAAACUGGGAGUUCAUUCGAUUUGUUGCAGUUUAAUUUACAAGCUUCAAAUCUAUUGUUGAUUUUUAUUUUACUCGGAAGUUUCUGUGAAGAGGAGAUAUAAAUAAGUCGUUAAAAUCUUUUAAGAAACUAGAAUAUAUAUUCUAGUUUUACUUCUACAUUAAUAAUCAACACCAAACACCUACAAAAAUGUCUUCUUGGCAAGAUUAUGUAGACAAACACUUAAUAGCAUCCAGAUGUGUAACUAAAGCUGCAAUAGCAGGUCACGAUGGUACCGUAUGGGCUAAAUCAGAUGGGUUCGAUGUUAGUAAAGAAGAACUCAGUAGGCUCAUUGCGGGUUUCGAGAAUCAAAGUGUAUUGGCUGCUUCUGGUGUGACGCUUUCCGGCAGUAGAUAUAUCUAUUUAUCAGGCACUGACAAAGUCAUCAGGGCCAAGUUGGGCAAAGUUGGUGCUCACUGUGUAAAAACCCAACAAGCGGUCGUCGUUUCAUUGUAUGAAGAUCCCAUUCAACCACAACAGGCUGCAUCCGUUGUUGAGAAGCUCGGUGACCAUUUGGUAGCUCAUGGAUAUUGAACGAUACGAUAAUGUCACUUAAGUGCUUUGAAAAUCAAUAAUAUUAUCUUUGAUUGGAAACUCCAGGUUAUCAGGAAUGACUAAACAGAUUUAAAAAAAAAACUAUACAGCAUGAUAUGGCAUUUAAUACACAUUAAAUUAAAAUAAUCAAACUUUCAUUACAUCUGAUAAAUUAAUGUUCAUGAUUUUGGGUCACAAACUAGGUAUAGAUUAUAAAUAUAUUUAUAUAUUAUUUUAUUUUUAUUUAUUUUUUCUUAUUGAAUAUCAAACAUAAUUAUUUCUAUGUAGCUUUUAUUGUUUUUUGAUUACUGCUAAAGUUUUUAAAUUGUUGCUUGGGAACUGUAGGUUUGUUUUUAAAAUAAUAAAUUAUUAGAUGUAAGCAAAUCUUGGACAUCUUAAUAAAACUACAUAAUUAUGAAUUAUAAUUUUUAAAUGUGUUAUAAUAUAAUUUUACACAUCUGUUUAUUUUGCAUAGUUGCCUGAAACUUAUUACCAAUAAUUAUUAAUAAUAGUCAAAAUUAGGAAAACCUGAUAAGCCAAAAAUCUUUCUUUAUACUUUUUACUAAUAUUUAUAUUUUUCCUAUAUUGUAUACAAACGAUCAAUUCUGAUCUUAUAUUCUUAUCCCUUUUAGAUGUUUUUGCUUUAUACUUGUUACGAUGUGCACAUUAUACUGUUUUAUUUAGAGAAACAGUAGUUAAUAUAUAAUAAUAUAAUUUAUACAAAUCCAUGACUCAAAUGAAAGAAUAAUAAUAAUUGUACCUAGCAGUAAUGUAUUUUGUAAUUUGUUUGAUAUUUAAUUGGCUGUGUGGUGUCUUUAUUUUAUGUUUAUUAAUUAUAUAUAUUUUUUAAUUUCUAAGCAAUAAUAAAUGUAUAGCUUUUGAUACCAAUUUACGUUCCCGUGCAAAUAAGUAAUUAUAAUAAUAAAAAUAAUUCUAUUGUAUAAUAUAUAUAUUUUUUUUUUAUUAUAACCAACCAAUAAAAAUAUUUAUACAACAUUUUA